UUCGUCAUAAUGGAGUUAGUUGAGACGGAAAAGGACUAUGUUAAAGAUUUGGGAUCUGUCGUCGAGGGUUACAUAGCCACCAUUCAGUCAGCUGAUCCAACAUCCUUACCAUCAUCACUCCAAGGGAAGGACAAGAUCGUGUUUGGAAACAUCCAUCAAAUAUAUGAUUGGCACAAAGAGACUUUCCAGCAGGAGAUAGAAAAAUGCUUGGAGGAUGAGGAAAAAGUUGGCAGUGUCUUCACAAGAUACGAAAGAAGGUUGUACAUGUACGUGAAAUAUUGCGAGAACAAGCCUAAAUCAGAAUAUGUAGUCGCCGAAAAUACUGAUUAUUUUGAAGACAUGAGACAGAAGCUUGGACACCGAUUGCAGCUGGCCGACCUGCUCAUCAAGCCUGUUCAGCGCAUUAUGAAGUACCAACUGCUACUUAAAGACAUAUUGAAGUACACUGAACGAGCCCACUUGAAUACGACUGACCUUGAGAAGGCCCUGAAGGUCAUGCACGUGGUACCAAAGGCGGCAGACGAUAUGAUGAAUGUUGGCAGACUCCAAGGGUUUGAUGGUAAAGUGACAGCUCAAGGAAAACUCCUAUUACAAGACACACUUCAAGUAUGCGAGAUGAAAGACAGCAAAGUGAUGAUGAUGAGGGAGAGGAGGGUAUUCUUGUUUGAGCAGAUCAUCAUCUUCAGCGAAGUUGUGGAGAAGAAGAAGAACAUGGCGUCCUACAUCUACAAGAACUCUAUCAAGGUUUUAUUAUUUUCUAAUUGUCAUUAUAUUAUAUGA